UUUUUUAAAGUGUGCAUUUAGGACUAGGAGGUGUUCAGAGCAGAAGACUGGAACUGAAGUCUGUAAACUUGUGUUUCAAGAACUGUACAUGUCACAGUAGUUUUUGCUGCACAUAAGAUUUGUGACCAAAAUGUUGACUUUUCUAGAGUAUCCGGGAAAAAUACUCUUCAAAUUCCUGCUACAUUUGAAUGUUUCUCUUUUUUUGUUGUCAGGAAAGAUAGCAUCUAAGAAGCUAAAGAGGAGAUCUUUAUAGCCAUCUUUCACUCAUGGUUUAAGCCCAGCCAGCCACUGAGCCCCCACACACUGGCUCACUCACUACCCCCGAUGAAAUGGGGGAUAGAAUCAGUAGGGUAAAAGUGAGAAAACUCGGGUUGAGAUAAAGACUGUUUAAUAGGUAAAUCAAAAGCUGUGCAUGCAGGCAAAGUAAAACAAGGAAUUCAUUCACCAUUUCCCAUGGGCAGGAAGGUGUUCAGCCAUUCCCAGGAAAGCAGGGCCCUGUCACACCUAGUGGAGACUUGGGAAGGAAAACACGGUCACUUUGACCAUUCUCCCUUCCUUCUUCCCCCAGCUCUAUAUGCUGAGCAUGAUGCUAUAUGGUCUGGGAUAUCCCUUUGGUCAGCUGUGUCCCCUCCCAGCUCCUUGUUCAUUCCCAGCCCACUCCCUGGCAGGGUGCAGCAAGGAGCAGAAAAGGCCCUGAUGCUGUGUAAGCGCUGUGCAAGAGCAGAAAACAUCCCUGAAUUAGCAACACUGUUUCCUGCACAAAUCUAAAACAUAGCCCCAUACUAGCUACUGUGAAGACAAUUAACUUUAUCCCAGCCAAAGUCAGCACACUACAAUAUUUUUCAAACUAAAUGUUUUCCUCUUCUACCCACCCCUACCCUGUGCCUUACUUUAUUGUGAGCUUUUCCUUUGUCAGGUACAUACAGAGACUCAAUGCUUUAGUUAAAGUAGUUUCCUGCUAUGGUAACAAAAAAAAAAUAAAUGGUUGUAGCUUAGCCUGGAAGUGAGUCCAAGACUGUAAGCUGUGACCUGUCUUUGAACUGUUAAACCUCAUCAGAACUGAGACAGUAGCUGUUGCUCUGCAUAUUAUAAAGCAUGUGAGAAGGCACCAUGUACGGCUUCAGUAGCUCUAGGGCAGCAAGAAAGUACACAAAGUAAUACUUGCUUUGCAAAAAAUUGUUAGCAUGGAACAAGAGAUGGUUGUCACAGCAAAGAUUUUGAAAGUUGUUCACCACAACCACAGUUAAGAUAGAGCCGUGUGUUCUGUUUCUCAAAAGAUUAGAAGCAAAAUAAUUCUAUUCUAGAUGCCUUUAGGAAAUAAACUGACACAUACAGGAAAAAUUUACAUUCUUUAUGGUAUAUGAGUUUUUAUACGUGGUAGUUACUGAACUUGGCCUCUCAUUGUCUGUUUUCCUAUCGUUGUCAGCAUAACAUUUUCACAUGAAUGAAGUGUUCUUGACUAAUUUGUCUGUCUAUGCUGAGAAAAAAACAGGCUUUUCUCCAAUGUCUAGCAUGUGUGCUUUCUUCAGCUAAUUUACUGAAAGAAAGCUCCCAUGUUGCAUUCAUGUUUGGCUUUUGCUGACUAUGUGUGCUCAUAUUUUAGGAAGUUUGGUGUGUAGUAGAACAUCAUAUCGUACCAAGUCUUCGGAGGUGUGUGGAAAACAACAGCUUGGGUGAGGAUUGGUGUUUUAACCCAGGGAUUACUUAUUUUAAAAAUAUUCUACUUGUGAUUAAAAUGACUUUUCUUUUCCUACAAAACCUGUUUUAGCAAGUUCUCGAUGCCUUUGUUUGUGUACUUACGGAGUUGCAAGCGUGGAUGAAUGUUAUUAUUAAAUGUGUGAAUAUAGGUCGUGGAAAAUAUUAACACCACCAAUGAGCAGCUUGAUCUUCGCUCUCAGCUCCAGAUGACCUGUCGUGUUGUCCGUAAGGAUGUCAUCUAUUACUGAAAAUGGAGAUGUUACUGCUGGAAAGCCAAAUGAAGAGAAAACGUAUAAAAAGACUGCAUCCUCAGCUAUUAAAGGUGCUAUCCAGUUGGGAAUAGGAUACACGGUAGGAAACCUUACAUCAAAACCAGACAGAGAUGUUCUUAUGCAAGACUUCUAUGUAGUAGAAAGUGUCUUCCUACCAAGUGAAGGGAGCAAUCUUACCCCUGCUCAUCAUUACCCUGACUUCAGAUUUAAGACAUAUGCACCUCUUGCCUUCCGCUAUUUCAGAGAACUUUUUGGUAUCAAGCCUGAUGACUAUUUGUACUCAAUCUGCAGUGAACCUUUAAUUGAAUUAUCCAACCCAGGUGCCAGUGGGUCCUUGUUUUUUGUAACUAGUGGUGACGAAUUCAUCAUCAAAACAGUUCAACACAAAGAGGCUGAGUUUCUUCAGAAGCUCUUGCCAGGUUAUUAUAUGAAUCUGAACCAGAAUCCAAGGACUCUUCUUCCCAAAUUUUAUGGGCUGUACUGCGUUCAGUCAGGAGGCAUUAAUAUUAGAAUUGUUGUCAUGAACAAUGUUUUGCCAAGAGCCUUGAAAAUGCAUUUCACAUAUGACUUGAAAGGUUCCACGUACAAACGGAGAGCAUCAAGAAAAGAGAGGGAGAAGUCCAAUCCUACAUUCAAAGACCUGGAUUUCCUGCAAGAUAUGCAUGAAGGGUUGUAUUUUGACUCUGAAACACACAGUGCACUAAUGAAAACACUACAGCGGGAUUGUCGAGUCCUAGAAAGUUUUAAGAUCAUGGAUUACAGUCUGCUUCUGGGGAUCCACAUAUUGAAAAGUACCAUGAAGGAAAAAGAAGGAGAGUGUUCCCAGAGUGCAUCAGAUGCAAAACGCCAUGGAGGGCAGAAAGUUCUUUAUUCCACAGCCAUGGAGUCAAUACAGGGCCCUGGGAAGUCUGGAGACUCUGUCACCACAGAGACAACAAACACAAUGGGAGGUAUUCCAGCAAAAAGCCAUAAAGGAGAAAAACUGCUUUUAUUUAUGGGUAUUAUUGAUAUUCUCCAGUCUUACAGGUUAAUGAAGAGGCUGGAACAUUCUUGGAAAGCUCUUGUUUAUGAUGGGGAUACUGUUUCGGUUCACCGACCAAGUUUUUAUGCAGACAGAUUUUUAAAGUUUAUGAAUGCAAGAGUUUUCAAAAAAGUUCAAGCUUUAAAGCCUUCGCCUUCAAAGAAACGGUGCAAUUCCAUCACAGCCCUAAAGGCAGCAUCACAAGAAAUAGUGUGCGCAGUUAGCCAGGAAUGGAAGGAUGAAAAGCAUGGCAUUCUUGCUGAAGGACAAAGUUAUGCCAGCCUUGAUGAUGAAGUACUAGGUUCACACCACCGGCCGGAUCUAGUGCCAAGCACUCAAUCUCUGUUUGAAGCAGCUUCCUUGGCAACCACACUUUCUUCUUCUUCCUUGAAUGUAGAUGAGCACUGUCAACGUGAUCAACCUACGCUCUAUUCUAGCAGUAAAGGGUUACCUUCGAGUUCAACAUUCACUUUGGGAGACAGUGCCAUCUAUUUGACUUCAGAACAGAGCACGUUGGAAACGGAAAAUGAUAAUGCUUCAGUUUUGGAUGUCUACUUAUAACAAAUAAUACAUGAAGAGUAAAACUAAGAGGAGUGACCAUGGUCAAUGAAAAGCACUUUCUGCACUCCUCGUUUAAGAAGAAGAAAUUUGCUGAGCCUAACAGACAAAGAGUAAUAAUCAACUGAGCUUAUUCUUAGAAGUGCCAGGAUCUUUGAACCAUAGAGGGGAUUGAUGGACUUGACAAAAAUGAAACAUUCCACACUCUGCUGUCAUCUGCUGUUGCUUGCUCAGCUGUGAAGAACUGUGUAUUCCGGCUGCUUUCUACAAUAUUGCCAAUCACCUUUUUUGGACUUCAAAGUGAUAUUUUCUUAUCAGUUCUCUAGUGAUUUCAUUUGCAUGCAUUCUGUAACUAUGCACAAGCAAAAUCUAUUACCUGCUUUACCUAUUUAAAAAUAAGCACAGUGGUGUAUAAAAUCAAUUUCAUUUUUUUUUACCCCCUCAGUCCUAAUUGCUUAGGUCCACAUCAGUGGAAAUUGGAACUGAUGUUGUACAAGGGUUAGGGCAAAUGUCUACACAUACCAUAUGAAAAUGAGCCUCUAAAGAUACUUUCACUGUUGGUAAAAAGGAGAUAAAAAUGUUAUUUAUAACAAGGCCUUAUGUUGUGUACAUAUAUUGUCCUUGAAAUAUUUUUGAUUUUGCUUUAUUUCUUGUAAAAGAGAAAUUCUAUAACUUAUUUAGAAAAUACUACUGUAAACUAUAGUUUUAUUGAUGAAUAAAAGAUUUUAUUCUGAAGGCUA